AUGAAACCGAAAGCACGAUCUAUGGUGACAGACGGCCGCAACUCACUAUCGGUAAGAUUUCCGACCGGAGCUGAGGCAACGAUGGGUAAUGUGUUGACCAGCAGUCAAGCAGCCAACCAGCCAUCGGUUGAAUGGGCCGCACAUUCUAAUGCCUUCUAUACGCUGGCAAUGGUUGACCCUGAUCUGUUUGGUCGUAACGGCACAAACUAUGGUCAAUUAAAACACUGGCUGGUAGUUAACAUCGCCGGCGCUGACCUUCAAAAUGGUCGGCAAUUAACCGAAUUUAUACCAUGCCCUCCAGAGGCACCGGAUUUCAUAGGACAACCAAUUGGCAUUGAUUACUACUUGGCACAGUUUGACAUCUAG